AAAAAAAAAAAAAAAAACUUUCCCGUCUCCUUCUCCUCUUUCUCUCCUUCUCCUCGAAAUAAUUGCAGUUAUCGUCGUCGUCGGGACUCAAACCUAACGACGGCGGCGGUUAACAACAUCGGAGGAGUUGGUGGUGGUGGUGGUAGUUUCUGUAUCUACAUUCAAGUAGCGUUUUAAAUUUCUCAAUUCGAGACUUUCUUCAUCGAAUUUCACCCAUUCUUAUUCCCGAUCAUCGUGCUUCCCCAUGGAUUUGUCUCUUCUAUUGCUGCAAACUUUCUGGGUGGAAGGUACAAAUUAGGGUUUUUGUCCUUUGUAUGAUUGGUUUGUAGCAAUGUCGUUCAAGAACAUAGUACGUGAGCUUAGGGUUUGUAACAAAGCCAUUGGUAGACGAGGAAGGUCUCACAUUGCUCCAGAAGGAUCUUCUUCUCCAUCAGGUGAUGAUCGUUUGGAACAGAGCAUUUGGGUUGAUUUGCCUACAGAUUUACUUCUUGACAUCAUCCAUCGAAUCGAGUCUGGUCAGAAUUCAUGGCCGGGGAGGAGAGAUGUUGUUGCUUGUGCCUCGGUUUGUAAAGCCUGGAGAGAGAUGACUAAAGAAGUUGUUAAAGUUCCUGAGAUCUCUGGUCUGCUCACUUUUCCGGUUUCAUUAAAACAGCCUGGCCCUAGAGCUGAUCCGAUUCAAUGCUUUAUCAAACGGGAGAGAGUCACUGGAAUAUACCGUCUCUAUCUUGGUUUAAGCCCUGCUCUUACCGGGGACAAGAGUAAGCUUUUACUCUCGGCUAAGAGGGUAAGGAGGGCGACUGGUGUGGAGUUUAUUGUAUCUUUGUCUGGAAAUGACUUCUCUAGAAGUAGCAGUAAUUACAUAGGGAAAUUAAGAUCUAAUUUCCUUGGAACUAAGUUCACUGUUUACGAAAACCAGCCUACCGGAAGAUCAUCCAACAAGAAACUAUCACAAACGAUGCGUGUGUCUCCAUGGGUAACUUCAUCUACUCAUAGUUACAGCAUGGCUUCCAUCUUGUAUGAGCUGAAUGUCCUCAGAACCAGAGGUCCAAGAAGAAUGCAAUGUAUCAUGAACAGUAUCCCAGUUUCUUCUAUUCAAGAAGGGGGACAGGUUCAUACUCCUACCGAGUUGUCAAACCUAGGAAGUAAUAAGAAGAGAGGGCUGAUGGAUUUCUGCUCAGGGAACUUGAGAGUAGAAUCCGUCCUAAAGGAACCAUUAGUCCUGAAAAACAAGUUACCCAGAUGGCACGAGCAGCUUCAGUGCUGGUGUCUUAACUUCAAAGGACGAGUCACGGUUGCUUCCGUAAAGAACUUCCAGCUAAUGGCAGCUGCUGCAGAAGCAGGGAAGGACAUGAACAUACCGGAAGAGGAGCAAGAGAGAGUGAUACUGCAGUUUGGGAAGAUAGGGAAAGAUACAUUCACCAUGGAUUAUCGUUACCCGAUCUCUGCAUUCCAAGCUUUUGCCAUUUGUUUAAGCAGCUUCAACACGAAGCCUGUCUGCGAAUGAAUGAACAAAAUAACGUAUCAAUGUCAUAUUCUCCAUUUGCAGUUGUUGUGUGGUUAAAUGAAUGUACCUACUAUUCCUUGGAGCAAACAAUCAGACCUUUUUCCAUUGACAGUACUUUAUUAUGUAAUUAAAAUGCAGUUA